GCACUAAAAUCCAGUGCCCCCUCCCUCCAACCUUCCCUUUCUGACUCUCCACCAAGAUCUUCCCCCUCCCGCUGGGGUCGUCAGCACCAGCCCAGGCUCCUCCCAGCUCUGGUCUGCUUUGCCGCACUCUGCAGCCAAGUCCCAGAGGAGAGCAGGACGGAUGGCCACGGACAUGGGGCCCGCAGACGGAGGUGAGGCGGUCCCUGCGGCCCCCCAGCCCACCCACAUCGAUGUGCACAUCCACCAGGAGUCUGUCCUGGCCAAGCUCCUGCUCAGCGGGUGCUCCCUGCUGCGGACCCGGGCCCGCCCCCGGGACGCCAGCUCCGAGGCCGCGGGUCGCCGGCUGCUGGCGGCGUCCUGGGUGGUGCAGAUCGUGCUGGGGGUCCUGAGCGGGGUCCUGGGAGGAUUCCUGUACCUCUUCCCCUACUCCUACCUGCUUGCCUCAGGAGCUGCCAUCUGGACGGGGGCUGUGGCUGUGCUGGCUGGAGUAGUUGCCUUCACUCAUGAGAAACGGGGUGGCAUGUGCUGGGGCUUACUGAGGACGCUGCUUGCCCUGGCAGCUUUCUCCACGGCUGUUGCUGCUAUUACAAUUUGGGCUGAUUGGUACCACGGAUACCCUUUCUAUAAUGAAGACUAUGUCUGUGGCAGCUCCUCGGAGGGCUGGCCCACCCUACCCCCUAGCACUAAGAGUCCAGAAGAAGUCAGAAGGCUAAGCCUUUGUCUCUCCUACAUAGACAUGCUGCGGACCUUGUACAAAGGACUUUGGGCCUUGCUUUUGAGUGUCUGGAUUGUGCUGCUUGUGGCAUCUCUAGUCCCCCUGGGUCUGUACUGCUGGAGAAUCCUCCUACCUAAGAAGGGCUGUCUCACUCCACCUCUCCCUCAGGAAAAGGACAGGAAGGAACUGCUGGAAGUGGAAUCAAGCCCUGCCUCUUUCUGAGUACUCCUGCCUGGAGCUCCUGCUGGACUGUGAAGGCCUGCAUCUGGUUCUUGGAAGAAGAAUUAGACAGGAAAAGAGACUCUCCAAGAACCCCAGAUGUUCUCCCCACAAUCAUAUCCACUGCCUUGCAUUCCCCAAUCAACCUAGUGGCUCUUGCCCAUUUAUUACUCACCUUCACCAUCCUGCCCUGCUUUGUGUCCCCUCUUCAGCAGUAAUUUGAUAAUAAAAUCUUGUUGUAUUGCUCCCA